AAACCUUCUGCUGAGCCUUGUGUCACAGUCAGUCCGCGGCGCGACACACCUCAGUAUUUACUUCUGCCGCCUGCCAGCCGGGCGGGGAAGGGGAGUACCCGCACCCCUCACUUUAGCUCCUGCAGCUUUCCAAACAAACCAGGGCGGGAUGGGAGUGUCUUCUUGGCUGUGGAAAUCGAUCCUCCUACCUUGUCCUGAAGCCACCCGCCGCCUUUCCCUGUCCCUCCCUUCGCGGUGAUUUUCCGGUCCCAGCGCCCGGCGAGGGCGCGCGGCUGGUGUCCGCCCCGCCCGAAAGGUGAGCCAGCCAUGAGAGGGUAUCUCGUGGCCAUAUUCCUGAGUGCUGUCUUCCUCUAUUAUGUACUGCAUUGUAUAUUAUGGGGAACGAAUGUCUAUUGGGUGGCACCUGUGGAAAUGAAACGGAGAAAUAAGAUCCAGCCUUGUUUAUCAAAGCCAGCUUUUGCCUCUCUGCUGAGUCAGAACUCUGCAUAUAUUUUAAGAAAAGGCAUUGAGGAACUCAAUCAAACCAGUAUUCUUUUCACACAGGUUUCAUCAGUUUCACCCUUUUCUGUGUGCAGCUGAUUUUAGAAAGAUUGCUUCCUUGUAUGGUAGCGAUAAGUUUGAUUUGCCCUAUGGGAUGAGAACAUCAGCGGAAUAUUUUCGACUUGCUCUUUCAAAACUGCAGAGUUGUGAUCUCUUUGAUGAGUUUGACAACAUACCCUGUAAAAAGUGUGUGGUGGUUGGUAAUGGAGGAGUUUUGAAGAAUAAGACAUUAGGAGAAAAAAUCGACUCCUAUGAUGUAAUAAUAAGAAUGAAUAAUGGUCCUGUUUUAGGACACGAAGAAGAAGUUGGGAGAAGGACAACCUUCCGACUUUUUUAUCCAGAAUCUGUUUUUUCAGAUCCCAUUCACAAUGACCCUAAUACGACAGUGAUUCUCACUGCUUUUAAGCCACAUGAUUUAAGGUGGCUGUUGGAAUUGUUGAUGGGUGACAAAAUAAACACUAAUGGUUUUUGGAAGAAACCAGCCUUAAACCUGAUUUAUAAACCUUAUCAAAUCCGAAUAUUAGAUCCUUUCAUUAUCAGAACAGCAGCUUAUGAACUGCUUCAUUUUCCAAAAGUGUUUCCCAAAAAUCAGAAACCUAAACACCCAACAACAGGAAUUAUUGCCAUCACAUUGGCAUUUUACAUAUGUCACGAAGUUCACCUAGCUGGUUUUAAAUACAACUUUUCUGACCUCAAGAGUCCUUUGCACUACUAUGGGAAUGCCACCAUGUCUUUGAUGAAUAAGAACGCGUAUCACAAUGUGACUGCAGAGCAGCUCUUUUUGAAGGACAUUAUAGAAAAAAACCUGGUAAUCAACUUGACUCAAGACUGACUCUACAGACUCGGAAGAUGAUGCUAACAGUGUUAGUUUUAUUUUUGUACUGCAAUUUUUAGUUUAAAAUAUGUUGGAUGCACUCGUCAAAUAAUUAUGUUUAUUGUCUGUUGCUGCCUGGUGAUUCAUAACCACCAGCUUAAUUUCUGUGAAUACUGUAUAUUUAACUUAUGAAAACCAAGAAAGGUUAAGAUAUCGGGAAAAUAAGUUUUGAUUGCAUUGUUUUUAAAAUAAGCUAGUUUUCUGAGGUGUUUUUACACGUCUUUUUAUAGUAACUUCAUCUUAGAUUUUUGAAGGGAUAUGACUUCCUACUAAGGAUUUCGUUUACCACAACAAUUCUGACUGGAGUAAGACAUUUUGAGAAGUAUAUUUGGCUACUGUAAACAUGGCUCGUGGAAAAUCACAUGAUGUGGCUUGAUGUGGCGAGCUGAAACCACUCGGCUCUGGAAAUCUAAGUUCAUACUGGUUUAAACUCUCCCCUGACAACCCCAGAAUUAAAUGAACCAUGAUUGUGAAGAGUAAUUGGGUACAAUUAAGGCAGUGUUUUUAAGUUAAAGGAAAUAGGCUAAACAUAAAGUUCUAGAUAAGUAAAUAACUAAAGAAUACAAUUACUAAAGUCUGAUGGCUUUGUAUUAUUUUAAAGAAAUGAAGUUUAACUUUAUACAAUGAAGCUAAGCUAGGCAAGCUCAAGAAGGAAAAAAAAAUCUUGAACAUUAUUUUUUUUUGCCUGACUUAUUAAAUUUUGAAGGUUUUCCACUUGAAGUAAAUUAGGAAAGGUACGUAAGAUAACAGAACAAGUAAACACUUAAGAAAAGUCAAGCUGAGGCCGGGCAUGGUGGCUCACACCUGUAAUCCUAACACUUUGGGAGGCUGAGGGAGGCAGCUGGAUUGCCUGAACUCAGGAGUUCAAGACCAGCCUGGCCAACAUGGUGUGAAACCUCAUCUCUACUAAAAUACAAAAAAAUUAGCUGGGUGUCAUGGUACGCACUAUAGUCCCAGCUACUUGGGAGGCUGAGGCAUGAGAAUUGCUUGAGCCUGGUAGGCAGAGGUUGCAGUGAGCCGAGACUGCGCCACUACACUCCAGCCUCAGUGACAGUGAGACUGUCUUCCAAAAAAAAUAAAAAGUGAAGUUGGCAUUUUUGGAUUUAAAUGGUAAAAAAAGAAAAUCUCAUUUUCCCAUGAUUAAAGCUAAUCUUCAGAUGGAAAGCUUGCCUGGCUACCUAGGGUGCACCAGAGAAUCUGAUCCAAUGCAAGCCAGUCAAGCCUACAAAUGUGGUGAGGUAGUCUCCCUUCCUGUAUUUUAAUAAAUGUAACCAAAGGCCAUCUGGAGGUGGGGGAAUGAAAGGUGAAGGAACAGAAUAGAGGUUAUAAGGAUGGAACUAAAAGUUGUCAGAAGAGGUAUGAGCUGAAGAAAGAAUUACUCUGUUUUGAACAAUAAAUACAAUUGGAAAACACUGGAAAA